ACUCUCUUCAAAGGGUUUGGAUUUUCUAUGGAGUCGAUUGAAGAUACCCACAAUUCUCAGAACAAUUUGAUCCUACAAACAUCUGGAAUCAAGAAUAGUUAUGAUUCUACUGUUCCAUCUAGAUUGGAAAGGCUCUUAAGAGAAAGGGAACUAAGAAAGUCAAGCAAGUCUCAAAAUGCAAAUGAAGGCAUAAGAGAUGGCAACAAAGACUCAAAUGUUUUUGGAAAUGGAAAUGAACUGUGUCUAUCAGAUGGAGAUAGAAGGGCCCGAGAGGGAGAGCUUAUCGAAGGACUUGCAGUAUCAUCCCUUACUAAUGGCUUUGAGAGGCAAGAUGGGCGGUUACAAAGACAAAGAUUAUUGGUUGUGGCAAACCGGUUGCCUGUUUCAGCUGUUAGGAAAGGCGAGGAUUCAUGGAAUCUAGAAGUUAGUGUAGGAGGUCUAGUUAGUGCUCUGUUGGGUGUCAAUGAGUUUGAAGCAAAUUGGAUCGGGUGGGCUGGGGUGAAUGUAACUGAUGAAAUUGGUCAGAGAUCACUUACUGAAGCUCUGGCUGAAAAGAGGUGCAUUCCAGUUUUUCUUGAUCAAGAACUUGUUCACCAAUAUUACAAUGGUUAUUGUAAUAACAUUCUGUGGCCUCUUUUCCAUUAUCUCCCACUUCCGCAAGAAGACCGUCUUGCAACGACCCGCAGCUUCCAGUCUCAGUUUGCUGCAUACAAGGAGGCAAACCAGAUGUUUGCUGAUGUCGUCAAUGAGCAUUAUCAAGAGGGUGAUGUCGUUUGGUGCCAUGAUUACCACCUGAUGUUUCUACCGAAAUGCCUCAAAGAGUAUAAUAGUGAAAUGAAAGUUGGUUGGUUUCUUCACACACCUUUUCCUUCAUCCGAAAUUCACAGGACACUGCCAUCUCGAUCGGAGCUGCUAAGAGCUGUACUUGCUGCUGAUUUAGUUGGCUUCCACACUUACGAUUAUGCAAGACAUUUUGUUAGUGCUUGCACUCGCAUUCUUGGGCUUGAGGGCACACCUGAAGGAGUGGAGGACCAAGGACAGCUAACACGUGUAGCUGCGUUUCCUAUUGGGAUAGAUUCUGAUCGGUUCAUUAGAGCUCUUGAGCUUCCUGCAGUCAAGUACCAUAUCAAAGAACUGCAAGAAAGAUUUGCUGGAAGAAAGGUCAUGCUGGGCGUAGACCGGUUGGAUAUGAUAAAGGGAAUUCCCCAAAAAAUAUUGGCAUUUGAGAAGUUCCUUGAAGAGAACCCAGACUGGCGUGACAAGGUAGUUUUGCUACAAAUUGCAGUACCAACCAGGACAGAUGUUCCCGAGUAUCAAAAGCUGACGUGUCAAGUACAUGAAAUUGUGGGACGCAUCAAUGGAAGAUUCGGAACUCUAACAGCUGUCCCAAUCCAUCAUUUGGAUCGUUCUCUUGAUUUUCCUGCACUAUGCGCACUUUAUGCUGUCACUGAUGUUGCUCUAGUUACAUCCUUGAGAGAUGGGAUGAAUCUUGUCAGUUACGAAUUUGUGGCCUGCCAAGCAUCCAAGAAAGGAGUCCUAAUUCUAAGUGAGUUUGCAGGUGCAGCACAGUCUCUUGGUGCUGGGGCUAUUUUGGUGAACCCAUGGAACAUUACUGAACUUGCGUCUUCAAUUGGUUAUGCUCUAACAAUGUCUGCAAAUGAAAGAGAAAAACGACAUCAGCAUAACUUCUUGCAUGUCACCACUCACACAUCCCAGGAAUGGGCUGAAACUUUUGUAAGCGAACUCAAUGAUACAGUUGUUGAAGCUCAACUGAGGACUAGACAUAUUCCACCUCAACUUCCCUCCGAAGUGGCUAUUGAGCGCUACUUGCAAUCAAAUAAUCGAUUGCUUAUAUUGGGUUUCAAUGCCACAUUAACAGAGCCAGUGGAUGCCCAGGGAAGAAGGAUUGAUCAACUAAAAGAAAUGGAGCUUAAGUUGCAUCCAGAUUUAAAAGAACCUCUAAGAACGCUUUGUAAUGACCCAAAGACGACAAUAGUUGUCCUCAGUGGAAGUGACCGAAACGUUCUUGAUGAGAAUUUUGGAGAAUAUAGGAUGUGGUUGGCUGCUGAACAUGGAAUGUUUUUGCGACAAACAGGGGGGAAUUGGAUGACUACGAUGCCUGAAAAUCUAAGUAUGGAUUGGGUUGACAGUGUAAAGCAUGUAUUUGAGUAUUUCACUGAGAGGACCCCCCGUUCUCAUUUUGAGCUUCGUGAGACCUCACUUGUUUGGAACUAUAAAUAUACAGAUAUUGAGUUUGGAAAACUUCAAUCGAAAGAUCUCUUGCAACAUCUGUGGACAGGCCCAAUUUCAAAUGCUUCUGUAGAGGUAGUCCAGGGUAGUCGAUCUGUUGAGGUUCGAGCAGUUGGUGUUACUAAGGGGGCAGCAAUUGAUCGUAUUUUGGGAGAAAUAGUGCACAACAAUGACGUGAAGACACCAAUUGAUUAUGUUUUAUGCAUAGGGCACUUUCUGGCAAAGGAUGAAGAUAUUUAUUCAUUUUUCGACCCAGACCUUUCUCAAGUACAAGCACCAACUAUGAGAACCAAGAUAGCUAGUCAUCUUAAUAGAAGUACUUCAAAUCAUUCAGCUGGUAAAAGUGGGCAUCGGCCAGCUAGUUGCAAAGUUGGCCAGCAGGCUUCAACCAUAGACAAGAAAGCCGGCAGUAAUGAAAAUGCAAAUUGGUGGUCCUUGUUUCGUGAUAGAAUGACAGUCCAUGAAGGGUCAUCAGUUCUUGACCUCAAGGCUGAUAACUACUUCUCUUGUGCAGUUGGUAGAAACUGCUCUCUUGCCAGAUACCUUCUUGGUUCAUCAGCUGAUGUUGUGUCUCUAUUGAAAGAUAUGGCCUAUAAUUCAUCUUGCUGAGCUGUUUCUUCGUACAAGUUGAAGUCUACUAUUUGAGGCUUUCAAGCCGUGGCUAGGUUGACUGCUGAUGCUGCUUCACAUUUACGGGCAAACAGACACAGGGAGGGAUAUAGUACUAGUGCCUUCCUUUUACAACUGAUGGACCAUGUUUGUACUUGCAAAGAGUUAAGCAUAUGAAUAAACCGAAAUGUUCUUGUAGUAACUUUAGUAGAAUAAAUGUCCUAGGUUUCGUGGGAUUUACUUGUAAACGCUUUCCUUUUAAUAGUUUAAUAAGAACCAUAUGCCUCACUUUUUAAUUCCCUU